AUGGAACCGGGCCUGGCCUUCCUGCUUCCCCUCUUCAUGGGGCUCCUCCAGCCAGGCCGCGGUGGGCGCCUGGAGGUGGAGCCCCCCGAGCCCGUGGUGGCAGUGGCCGUGGGCGAGUCGAGGCAGCUCACCUGCCGCCUGCCCUGUGCGGGCCCCAGGGCCGCCUCGGUGCAGUGGCGGGGCCUGGACACUAGCCUGGGCGCGGUGCAGUCGGGCGCCGGCAGCAGCGUCCUCUCCGUGCGCAACGCCUCACUGUCGUCUGCGGGGACCCGUGUGUGUGUGGGCUCCUGCGGGAGCCUCACCUACCAGCACACCGUGCGACUCCUGGUGUUUGCCUUCCCGAACCAGCUGACUGUCUCCCCAGUGGACCUGGUGGCCGGGCGGGACCAAGAGUUGGCCUGCACAGCCCACAACAUCACGCCUGCCAGCCCUGAUGUCCUCUCCUUGUCCCUGCUCCUGGGGGACCAGGAACUGGAGGGGGUGCAGGAGCUGGGCCUGGAGGAGGAUGAGGAGCCCCAGGAGGGCGAGGACCCGUUGUUCCAAGUGACAAAGCGCUGGCUGCUUCCCCCCCUGGGAACACCUCCACUCACCCUCCACUGCCAGGCGACCAUGAGGCUGCCGGGCUUGGAGCUGAGCCACCGAAAGCCCAUUCCAGUCCGGCACAGCCUGACCUCCCAGGAGACCCGGGUCACAACCUCCCUAGAGGCCAUCCUGGAGCAGAACUCUACCCCCAGCCCCGGGGGUCCUGGGAACAGCCCCACGCCUGGGAACAGCCCCACGCCUGGGAACAGCCCCACGCCUGGGAACAGCUCCACCAGGCCCUGCCACCCUGAGAUCCACCAGUCGCCAACACCAGGGGGUCUGGAGCUGCUGUGUGAAGCGGCCUGUGGCCCUGGCAUAGCUGUGCAUUGGACCCGGGCACCCGGCGACCUGGCAGCUUACAAGAAGAGGGAGGACGGGGCCCAGGCUUGGCUGAGCGUGCUGUGGGCUGGAUGCAACCCCGAGGGCUGGUUCCAGUGUCGCCUGGACCCCGGGGGCCACACAGCCAGUCUGUACCUACUCCCAGAGACCUGCUCCCCACCAAUGUCCGAAGCCCUGUGGAUGGGCAGCCUGGUGCUGGGGCUGCUCCUCCUGACGGUCCUCACCUACCGCCUGUGGAAAUGCUGCCAGCCCGCCAGGGGACCGCAAGGCCCACCAGCACCUCUGAAGUGGCCUACCUUUCCUUCAACCCCGUUGUGACCAGAGGACGAUUGCAGG